AUGAAAAGUGUUGUUUUAAAUGGUUUUGGUAUAAGUAUUAUGAGUGAUGUAGACUUUGAUGUGAACGGCUAUAACGAUAUACUCAUUGGUUCUUAUUUAUCGGAAAAUGCUGUACUUCUCAGAACUAAACCGAUCGCAAACAUGAAUAUAACAGACGUGACAUUCAGACCAAACAAAAUUCGUUUGCACGACAAGAAGUGCAAUAAUAAUCAGAAUUCGUGUUUUAAAGUGGAAUACUGUGUGAAAUACGAGGGAAGAUCUAUUCGCGACAAACAGUUAGCAUUGAUUACAUUGGAGAUAACGGACAGUAAGCUAAGGAUAGACUUUGAACACGGCUGUCAAUCCCGGAGCUGUUUGUCCCGUUUAAGACUGACAGCAGUUUCCAAAUAUAGCGGUCAACGGAUUGAACGAAACCUAAUCGAAGGACUUCACGAUACGAUUGACAUUGAAAUAAGUGUUGUU